AUGUACCAUGCGGCUAACAAAGUGCGGUGUCUCCUAGAUUCGAAAGUGGUGUACCGCCGAUAUGCCUCCCUCUUCUUCAUCGCCGGCUGCUCGUCCACCGACAAUGAGCUGAUAACCCUAGAGAUCGUCCACCGAUAUGUCGAGCAGAUGGACAAGUACUAUGGCAAUGUCUGCGAGCUGGACAUUAUUUUCAACUUCCAAAAGGCCUACUUUAUCCUCGACGAGCUCCUGCUGGCGGGAGAGAUGCAGGAGAGUAGCAAGAAGAACGUGCUGCGGUGCAUCAGUCAGCAGGACAGCCUAGAAGACAUGGAGCGGCCGUCGGCACACCUUGAUUCGUGUUCUCAUUGCUUGCUUCGAACCCCUUCUCAGGCUAACCAUCAUCGUCAUCAUGCUGUCCACGCUCCAGCAGCCCCAGCAUCACUGCAUAACAGCCAGCACCUGCAUCUGCACCACCGUCCAUUCCUCGACAUCCUCCCCUCUCUGCUCGUCGUCCCUUCGUCUCCCGGCCUUCCUUGCUGCCAUAAUCGCGUGAAACAAUCGCUCGACGUCACUGGUCAGACAUCCUCACGUGACUGGGGCGUUGCUCCCAUAUUCCCAACUUCUGGGCUUCCUUCUCGUCCUUCCCGGCGCGCUGCUCGCUCCCCUCUCUUCCUCUUCCUCUCCCUUCUCUCUGUCGCUUUUUGCGCUUCGCUCAUCUUCACUGCCCAAUCUAUAGUCACUGCUACUCAUUUACUUUUACUUUGUGUGUAUUGCCGUUGCCAUGACUCCCCUUUCUUGCUAGACGGCCUCGUCGUCUGGCGUAGUCGAUCCGUAUGCGUUGUCCUUGCAGCCAGCCUGGAUAACUCGUACCGCUGUUUGACUUGCUUCAGCAAGAGCAACACUAAGAAGAAGAAGAACCACCACGUCCGCUGA